ACGUCACCCCUAGGAAUGGAUGAAACCAGCAGAAAUAGUACGAAGAAGCUCGACAUCGAAGGAGUUAGGCAGCAAUCGGUGGCGCUACGAGCGGAUAGUCGAGCGAAGGAAAGCUACAAGCAAAUUGGUGACGCGGACAUUAAUCGCAACGGUACAAACGGCUUCGGAGACAAGAGCAGCAGCAGUGUGAGCGAUAAAAGCCUCAAGAUGCCACGUGAAAACGGAACGAGUGCCAAGGAGGGCGAGGACGAACGGAUGCUGAAUGGUGGCGAGAGCGGCGGGGCCGCCGUGGUCGCUCGUAACGAGGAACCUACCGAGAAGGAUAAGCUGGCCCAGAAGGAGGUGGAGGUGAAAUUUAUUUCCUCGCCAAACGGGGACGCGCGCAUCGACCUGGAGGUGGAGAGCCAGCAAACGUUCUCUGGCAUGACCAAGGAGGAGCUGAUGAAGUAUGCCAACGACCCGUUCUGGGUGCGUCUCCGAUGGCUGCUGUUCGUCCUGUUCUGGGGUCUCUGGUUAGCGAUGCUGCUCGGUUCAUUCUACAUCAUCUACGUUGCCGACAAGUGUCCCGCUCCGGUACCGCUCACCUGGUGGCAGCAAGGGCCGCUGAUCGAGAUCGAUGAAACGCAAUACGAGUCGCAGGUCGAAACGAUUGCGCAAUUCGGAGCGAAAGGAGUGGUGUACCGUUUGCCGGCCGACGAAACGUACUUCAUCCAUUCGGCCCCGGUGAAGGAAAAGCUAGAGAAACUGAUCGCCACCUUCCGGCCCAAAAAGAUUGAAGUGGUCAUUGACAUCACUCCCAACUUUGUAACAGCAGACGAUCCACUUUACAAGUUGGCGCUGGAGAAGGGACCGAACGAUCCAGCAUCCAAAGCCUUCAUCUGGAAUGACCUAGCAACGCUUCCGAAUUGGCUGUCAAUUACGGAGAACGGUAGCGCCUUUAAAAACGUCACGAGUACCCAUGCCAUCCUGUCCCAGUUUGGCCCGAAGCGAUUCGAUCUGCAGCUGAACGAAACGAUCGCCAAGGAGAAACUGAAGGACGUGCUGAAAAGUCUGAUCGUGUACGGGUUCCGCGGGGUGCGCCUAUCGAACGCAAAGCACUUCAUUAUCAGCAAUAGCGGCAACGAAGAAGCCAUGCCGAGUCCCGAAGCGAACAAAACACUGACGAUGGUCGACUACGGUUUCUGGACGCACAAGAAAACGAGCUACCAGCAGGGUUUGGGUGAACUGUUUAACGAGCUCUCCAGCGUCGUCCAUGGAGAGCUGCAGGAGAAUGGGUUCCUCUCGGUCACUGAGGACAUCCUGCGUCCGGACGUGUUCGCAUUCAACGGCACCAUGCCGAUCGACAUACCGCUCUACGGUAACAUCGAGUACGACCUACGGGAGGCGAACAACACGAACGCAACGAAGCUGCGCAACGACAUCGCGAACACGUAUAAUGCGAUCAACGACACCUGCCGUUGCAAUCCGUGGUUGCAACUGCGCUAUAACAACGCCUCCCUGCAGUAUCUCGGUGCAUCGGAGUACACGAUCUUUAACUUCCUCCUGCCGGGUGUCCCGCUGUUCGCCCUGGAUGUGCUGACGGCCAAUAACAUAUCGAAGGAUACAAUUGAAACGCUGGAAAAGUUCCGCGCUUCGCCUUCGUUCCAGCACGGCAAGUUUGCUGUGUACAACGAUACGUCCGCUGGUGCUAUUGCGUACAUACGGCUUAAGCCUGGCAAUCCGGGAUACUUUGUAGCGCUCAACCUCGAUCCGAAUCAAGAAAAGGUGGCCGAUUUCAGUGGCAUCGCCGGUAUCGGUGCUGAGCUGACAGUCGUGCUGACCAGCAACAAUUACGCCGUUCCAGACGUAGCCAUCAAGACAAAGGUGCCAGCGAAUGCUGUGCCCCUGUCGCCCAAGUCGGCCAUCAUCGCCACGUAUGUGCCAGCCAAGUAGACACGGUAUGUCAACGGGCGCGGUACAUGCAGAGCACAAAUUGAAUCUAUAACAUAUUGAACAUCGCUCAUAAAUUCUAUGUAUAAUGAUUAAUGCAGAAAAAUCGGAGAAAUCUCCGAUGUACGCACAUUGUUCUACAAAUUUUCGCUUUCUCUUUCUAUGCGUUAUUCUCGUGAUCGAUUUACGAUUUUCCAUUGCGGUCAAGACGGAUUUGCCAUUCUGCAGGCACUGCGUAUUGGGUGCGUAUUAGGAAAGUGAUGUCGAGAUCGGAAUAAAAAAUCAUUUAUUACAAGCAUCUCACACCACCUUUGUAUUU